GCUGCCCUCCUCUCCUGCCCUGGCCUCCAGUUCUCCAGGUUUCUCAGGCGAGCUCACCAACAGCCACAGCUCAUGAUGGAGGCCAUCAAGAAAAAGAUGCAGAUGUUGAAGCUGGACAAGGAGAAUGCUCUGGACCGGGCAGAGCAAGCUGAAGCGGAGCAAAAGCAGGCAGAAGAGAGAAGCAAGCAGCUGGAGGACGAGCUGGCGGCCAUGCAGAAGAAGCUGAAAGGGACAGAGGAUGAGCUGGACAAGUACUCUGAAGCUCUGAAGGACGCCCAGGAGAAGCUGGAGCUGGCAGAGAAGAAGGCUGCUGACGCUGAGGCUGAGGUGGCCUCCUUGAACCGUAGGAUCCAGCUGGUAGAAGAGGAGCUGGACCGGGCCCAGGAGCGCCUGGCCACUGCCCUGCAGAAACUGGAGGAAGCCGAGAAAGCCGCUGAUGAGAGCGAGAGAGGCAUGAAGGUGAUUGAGAACCGAGCCCUAAAAGAUGAAGAAAAGAUGGAGCUCCAGGAAAUCCAGCUCAAGGAAGCUAAGCACAUUGCGGAAGAGGCGGACCGCAAGUAUGAAGAGGUGGCUCGGAAGUUGGUGAUUAUCGAGGGGGACUUGGAACGCACAGAGGAACGAGCUGAGCUGGCAGAGUCUAAGUGUUCUGAGCUGGAGGAGGAGCUGAAGAAUGUCACCAACAACCUCAAGUCUCUUGAGGCUCAGGCGGAGAAGUACUCUCAAAAGGAAGACAAAUACGAAGAAGAGAUAAAGAUUCUUACGGAUAAACUCAAGGAGGCGGAGACCCGUGCUGAGUUUGCCGAGAGGUCAGUGGCCAAGCUGGAGAAGACGAUUGAUGACUUGGAAGAUGAGCUCUAUGCCCAGAAACUGAAGUACAAGGCCAUUAGCGAGGAGCUGGACCACGCCCUCAAUGACAUGACCUCUAUAUAACCAUCACCGUUUCUGCUCUGUUCUGGAUCUGCCCCCUUUCCUCGGGGAACCCAGCGCCCCACUCUCGCUCUGGAUUCCAUUUGGGUCGGCCUGGCUGGUCCCCAAGGCAUUAGGAUGUAGGGGGGGCACAAAGCAACUUAUGUAUUCUUCCACCCACUCCCCCCCCCAAAUUAAAAUGUUAAGCUGCUGGAAGCCUCCUGCCACCCUGCAUUUGUGUCACUGACAAAGCUGCUGCUGUCCCUGAGGAGGAGCCUUGGGGGUGUGAUGUGGGGAAUAGCUAUUGUAGGCUCUCUCUCCUCUGACUUAUAUAAUCAAAGCCACUUUUGUGUGUGUCUAUUCUUUCUUGACAUUUAAGCUCAAGUGAUUGGAGUCUGUCGGAGUGGUGGGCUAGCAGAGGUUCGGGGCGUGUGUAGGCCGCGGGAGGUCUUUCACCUCCAUUACUUGGAGGCUCCCAUCCUUUUCAGUUAGCUCCUCCUCCUCCUCCUCCUCCCAUAGGGUCCCAGUGCCUCCCGAUACGCUUUCUUGGCCCUUUGUUCAGUGGCUCACAUGGUGCAUCUUCAGAACACCUGAUGGUCUCAAAUGUGUUACCACCAAACUUGACUUAUUAGGUCAUCCCAAGUCACAGAGAAAUCCAUAGAAUUUUCAGCCGUUCUGUUUGUUCGUUCAAACCCUUCUAACACUCGAGGUAUACUGCCGUUUGCCUGCCGGCAUGUGGUAGUGGGACAUGAGACGCGAUCAACGGUUGCGAUUGGCAAAACUAAACAACCAGUCAUCCAUGUUUCAAAUGGUUUAUUACAUACAUAAGAAUGGUAAAUUUCUGUUAGUAAAACCGUUCCUGGUUUACGUUGUGGAAUUACAUGACAACUUUUUGCAGACUCCUCUUCCAGUUUGCACAGCCGCGAUGGCUCAGCCUGGGUAGUGCAGCAGGCAGCUGUACUUACCUAAGCACCUGAGUGGCGUCCACUUAGCACCUAGGUUUCUCGGCAGAUUAUAUAUUUAAAACUUGCUUUUCUUUUGGCCAGUUAGAGCCCGGGGCAGAGGUUUUCCCUAAUCUAAAACUUUCGGUUGUAUUGAAUUCAGGUUUCUUUCUGUUCAUACCAUUUUUUCUUGCUACACAGCCUUUGGGAUUAAGGUAGAGAUUGAUUGAUUCAGCCAACGCUUAACUGGUGUCUUUUAGGCACAAAGAAUUACGGCGGGACAAAUAAUCAAAGAUGGAGGCACCAUCCCCAUUUUUAGGUUGCCCAGAAUCUAGUAGGGAGAGAACAUAAAUGAAGCUACAGGUGAUCUGUGGCUUAGCCACAAAUACCAAACUGUGGGAAUUCAGAGGGGACGGGUUGGUUCCAGUGGGAUGGUUAGGAGAGACUCACAGAACGAGGCACAUAGUAGGUACUUAAUAAACAUGCUAAAACUUGCUUUUUCAUUUCUACCGGGUUCUAAAAAAUUGGAUUCCUGACAAACAGAUUUGAUUGAGGGAUAGUGGAUAUUGAGCAUUUGGGUCAAGGACCAGCGGAGGAGUAGAGGCAUAGAUAGAGACAGGAAGGACGUAGCUGUAGAGGUAGAUGUAGACAGUAGGGGCAGGCAUGUGCAGGACUCAGGUGUGGAGUUUUAGUUUGUAGGCGACGGGGAUGCCACUGGGGGUUUCGAACAAAGAUACGUUCUGAUCUGAGUAGCAAAGGAGAAGAACUGAUUCUGCAGCUGAGUCAGUGUUUCACAAGGAGAGCAGAUUAUCAAAGUGGCCCAUUAAGACGGUGAUUCCCAAAUUUCAGUCACUUGCAUGCUACUUGGUGGCUUUUGCCGUAUUCCUGUGCUCCCUACGUUAUUUCUUCCUUCAUAUUUACUCGUUUUCAAAUUUGUCUACAUAAUUCUAAUUUGAAACCAAAGGUUUGAUGUGUGCUAGUGAUUUUUCCUGAUGCACAUUAAAGCAACACAGCAAAUACGUUUUUUCAUUUUUUUUUUUUUUUAAACGUUUAUUUACUUUUGAGACAGAGCAUGAACGGGGGAGGGUCAGAGAGAGAGAGGGAGACACAGAAUCUGAAACAGGCUCCAGGCUCUGAGCUGUCAGCACAGAGCCCGACGCGGGGCUCCAACUCACGAGCCGUGAGAUCACAACCUGAGCCGAAGUCGGACGCUUAACCGACUGAGCCACCCAGGCGCCCCGCAAAUAACGUUUUUAAAAUUUUUUUAAUGUUUAUUCAUUUUUGAGAGGGGGGGAGGGGCAGAGAGAGGGGGAGACACAGAAUUAGAAGCAGGCUCCAGGCUCUGAGCCGUCAGCACACAGCCCGACGCAGGGCUCGAACCCACGAGAGAUCGUGACCUGAGCUGAAGUCGGACGCUUAACCACCUGAGCCACCCAGGCGCCCCGCAAAUACGUUUUUUUGAAGUUCAUAAGUAUAUGCUUCCAGAGACCUCCUGACCUAGCACCAGCAGCGAGUAUGCUCCCUAGUUGGAGAACAACUAGGGUAGGUUAUUUCGGUUUUCCCAGAGAGAACCCUCCAUACAGAGGCGGCGCUAUGAGCGGCACUCAGCGUGAGGAGGAAAAGUCAACACUGACUGCUUUCGAACCUAGGAACGUGGUGGCAUUAAACAUGUAGAGAGGUCACCUGGGCCUGGUUUGAAGAAGAAAGAGAAGGUAGAAGAGAACAGAAGUCUGAGAAACUGGCAGGCAUCCAGCUGAAGACAGAGUUCGGGGGUUGAGGGGACAGACGGACGUGAGAGAGACUUGGAACUCCAUAAAGGGUGGCAGGCAGUUUAGAGCAGGAAAGCACGUCAGAAUCCUGAAAGACCGCUGCACGUGUAAAAAGGAGAACGCAGCAGACAGGAAGCCCUGUGCAGAGGAGGAAUGUAAAUGGAACUGGGUGGAGGGAGGACGCAGGACAAGGUGUGGUGAUCAUAUAAACGUUUACGGCUGGAUAAUUGCCGGAGCGUCUCCACUCCAACAGGUUGUGAAGAAAGAGAACUCGAGACGAGAUGCUGUCAUUGAUACUUUAUUAAUUUGAGGGUGCGUUUUGAGCAUUAAGGUCAAGGAGCAGAAGAGUGAACUAGUGGAAAGAAAGUAAAGGCAAGAAAUUGAGCCUAGAGCAGUGAGGUCCAGUACAGCAGCCGCCUAGCCACAUACAGAGCCUGCUGAGCGCUCAAAACGUGGCUUAUGUGAUUGAGCUAAAAUUCUGAGUUAUGUGCUUUUGGUUCAUCUAAAUACAAUUAGCCACAUGUGGCUAGCGACUGCCUGCUGUGUUGGAUAGUACGAUUCUAGGUGUUUUAGUUUUGGGGCAGAAAGAGUUGACGCAGAGAAAGGCUUCUUACAAAAGAGAGAGGUAUGUGAGAAUAGAUAGAUGUUCGGAAAAAAGUGAGGCCUUUUACUUCCGGUCGCCUGUCUCUCUCCCUGGGCAUGACUGGUGUGAGGGAGGACGGAGCCAGCAGAGCAGAGUGAAAUUUGAAACAGUGUGUGGUGCUCAAUUCAGUCUUCCAUUUAAUACAGAAGCCAUCCUGUUACUGGGGCCUGGACUGGCUAUGGAAAUGGGGUCGAGAAGCCGCAUUGGUAAUCCCAGAGCAAAGCUCUUGAUCUCUUUAACUUUUCCCUCUUAAUUCUUUUUUCUUUUUUUAAGUUUAUUUAUUUAUUUUAAGAGUGAGAGAGAGAGAGCGCGCACGCGUGCACGUGCGUGAGCAGGGGAGAGGGAGAGAGAAUCCCAAGCUGGCUCCAUCCGUGCCGAGCCCAAGACCGGGCUCAAACUCAUGAACUGUGAGAUCAUGACCUGAGCUGAAAUCCAGUUGGAUGCAUAACCAGCUGAACCACCCAGGGGCUCCCCAUCUUAAUUUCUAAGGUUGAAUCACAGGCUGGUGGGUUAGAGUCCUUUUCUACCCUUCCUUACCCUUGUUCGGAUGAGGCAUGACACGCGGUUCAGGAGCUUUCGCUGUCCUGUGGUUUUGGGCAGCCUCGUCUUAGCCCUGCCCAAUCUCUUUCUUUCUCUAUGGUACUGCUUGACCACUCCCCAGCUUUAAUAUUAGGGAGAAGUUAAAAAAAAAAAAAAGCAAAAUCUGUUCUUUCUCAUCUCUUGAACUGUGAGGCUUUAAAGCAGGUAUUGUUCCCUUAAGCAUCCCCACUCCCCUUUCCUGUUACAGAAUGAAAUGGCCCUGAUUCAGACCAGUGAGGCCUAGGGAUGUGUAGCAUCCAUCCAUGGGAUUGUUCCCUAAUUAACUGGACGUGGCUAAAAGGAACAUCAGACCAAAUGGAUUCUGUGGCUUGCCUUUUUUGUUUGUUUUAUUUUGCUGUAUCAGGGAACCAAGAACUUUAAUGAGCUGGUGUCUCAUCCUGAAGUUUUAAUCACUAGAGAUUGCAGAGUUAGAACCCUUAUUACUGUUACUGAGUUCAAGCCGAGAGCAUGACCACACUUAUUUUCUGGCCUCAUACAGUUCUUAGGGGACUAUGUGCUCUAGAGCUUAAUCAGGCAAGAAAAUGCUUCCACUUCUCUCUCUCUUUACUUCUUCCCUACAUGGAACAAAACCCUCAUUGACCAGGCCGUUGUGAGGGAUAAGAUUCUGAUAAUACCCUUCUUCCCCAAGACAGGAGUGGCAGUCACACUAACUGUCUUGGAUGUGGUUGCUCCUGAGGAGUCAGGUGGUACUCCUGCCACAGAAAGCUUAAGAAAUGAGAGUUCAGGGGCAUCUGGGGGGCUCAGUUGGUUGUGCGUCUAACUUCAGCUCAGGUCACGAUCUCACGGUUUGUGAGUUCUAGCCCCGCGUCAGGCUCUGUCCUGAGAACUCAGAGCCUGGAGCUUGCUUCAGAUUCUGUGUCUCCCUCUCUCUCUGCCCCUCUCCUGCUCACGCUCUCACUCUCUCUCAAAAAUAAACAUUUAAAAAAAGAAAAAUAAGAGUUCAAUAGAAAUUUGAACCCCUGCGUUUGUCAGAGAAGCCCCAGUGAAUAAGACAGGUGCAGUCGUAGACCUCACGGAGUUUCUGGGCUAGUGUGGUGGUUCUCAACGGUGGAUAAUUCUGGGAUGUACAGAACAGUCCCGCUUAGUGCUGUCUCCUGCCCAACAUGUGUGUGCAGCGUCCUCUAGUUACUGCCCCCAUACAUUUCCAAAUUUCUUUCCAAGGGGAGAGAAGGGGCAAUAAUUGUAUACGUAUAAGAACCACUGCUUUAACGAGACGUGCAAUUCUAAAUGUUCGCUCCAGUUCUGCCUUUUAGUACAACUAUUAUUUUGGUUAUUCCCUCCCAGCAUCAUUUUGUGUGUAUAUGUAUGUUUUCUGUUUUGAUGGUGUUCAUAAAGUGGCAAAUCUUAUUGGGACCAUACUGGCCAUCAUCUUCCAGGUAGAACUGGAGAAAACCUGCCCGGAGGGCAGCGUGCCAAAGCACUGCACCUUGACCGUGGGCACAGUCAGCCCACAGAUGCAAUUGAUUUUAAGACAGAAGAGGGGCGCCUGGGUGGCUCAGUCGGUUAAGCGGCCGACUUCGGCCCAGGUCAUGAUCUCGCGGUCCGUGAGUUCGAGCCCCGCGUCGGGCUCUGUGCUGACAGCUCAGAGCCUGGAGCCUGUUUCGGAUUCUGUGUCUCCCUCUCUCUGACCCUCCCCCAUUCAUGCUUUGUCUCUCUCUGUCUCAAAAAUAAACGUUAAAAAAAAAAAAAAAAAAGACAGAAGAGUAUGUCUUGGGCUUGCUUCGGCGGCACAUAACACUAACGUUGGAAAGGUGGAAGAGGGUGGGUCUUUAUACUGAGGUCCUGAGACCAUUUUGGAACAGACUGAAAACACUGGAAGAAACUUACUUGUGAACUUGAGAAACUGGUACUAGUAGACCAGGAAGGUCUGUCCCUAAGUUCCCAUCACGCCUGUGCUCGUCUGAUGGAUUUGGUUUCUCCCUACCCCCUCUUUAAGGUGUGCUGCAGGGGGGAACAUUCAGCUACAGUCAGUGUUUUGAGCACUUAACUAUUUAUAUCGGGAAUGCUUUCGGUUAUGAGAAACAGCUUAACUGUAGCUUAAAUAAAUAUGGGACUGACUUUUUUUCUCCUGCAACAAGUCAGAUUUGAGCAGCUGUGGCCGGGGGUAACUGUGUUUCUCUGACUCUCUUGGCCCUCUUGUAAGUUUGAAAUCUGCAACUCUCAUCCUCACAUCCGUGUUCAAGGCAAGAAAGAAAGCUAGUUUCCCCAGAAGCUUUCCAGCAGAUUACCCCUAUAUCUCAUUGGCCAGAACUGGAUCCCUAACAGCAAGGGAGGCUGGAAAAGGGAACAGGAUAAUCUCAGUUCACCUUCCCUGGAGCUAGACACACUGCUGACCCCAACGGGAUUGAGUUCUUUUAAAAUUUUUUGGUUUUGUUUAUUUUUGAGAGAGACAGAAUGCAAGAGAGGGAGAGGCAGAGAGAGAGGGAGACAGAAUCCAAAGCAGGCUCCAGGCUC